GCGCAAAACACAAACAGCUGUUUUCGGUAGCUUAAAGGAAAGCUUUUUUAGUGAUCCCGACUCAGGAGAGGCAGUUUUUAAUAUUGUAGAAACAACCUGUCAAUAUAAAAUGCGGCGCUUUAGCUUAAUUGUGGCGGUUAGCGAAAACCUAGGCAUCGGUAUAAAGGGCGACCUUCCAUGGCGCAUAAAAUCAGAGCUUAAGUACUUUAGCCGGACAACAAAAAGAACCAGUGAUCCCAGCAAGCGCAAUGCUGUUAUUAUGGGGAGGAAGACGUACUUCGGCGUUCCCGAGAGCAAGAGACCACUGCCCAACCGCCUGAACAUCGUUUUGAGCACCACGCUACAGCCGGAGGAUCUUCCCAAGGACGUCAUGUUGUGUCCCAACCUGGAGGCGGCUAUGAAGCAUUUGGAAGGUGAUGACCAGAUCGAAAACGUUUGGGUCGUAGGUGGCAGCGGAGUAUAUGCGGAGGCAAUGGACUCGAAUCGUUGCCACCGGCUAUACAUCACCCGAAUACACCAAAAGUUUGAGUGUGACACUUUCUUUCCCACGAUUCCCGAAAGUUUCCGCGAAGUGGCUCCCGAUCCGGACACACCGGCAGGCGUCCAAGAGGAGAAUGGCAUUGAAUACGAGUACAAAGUGAUGGAGAAAGAAACCAAAUAAAGAAUGCCUUUUAUUUACUACGAA